GCCUUGGUGGUUGCAAUCUCUGUGGGAUUUACUAAAGCCAGGGGCUACGGCACGGGGAACUACUGUUGGCUAUCUCUGGAGGGAGGCCUGCUCUACGCCUUCGUUGGACCGGCUGCCGCUGUGGUUUUGGUAAACAUGGUUAUUGGCAUUCUGGUGUUUAACAAACUUGUAUCCAAAGAUGGAAUAACUGAUAAGAAACUGAAGGAACGGGCAGGUCAGAUGGCCGUGCCCCUUUACGGCAUCACGCUCAAAUGUUCCAAGUGUGGAGUGGUGUCUUCUCCCGACGUUUCGGCCACAGCCACCAGUAACGCCAUGGCGUCCCUCUGGAGCUCCUGUGUAGUCCUGCCUCUGCUGGCCCUCACCUGGAUGUCAGCCGUGCUGGCCAUCACUGACCGCCGUUCGGCCCUCUUCCAGAUCCUCUUCGCAGUGUUUGACUCCUUGGAGGGCUUCGUCAUCGUGAUGGUCCACUGCAUUCUAAGAAGAGAGGUGCAAGAUGCUGUUAAAUGCCGAGUCAUGGAUCGUCAAGAAGAAGCCAAUGGGGAUUCUGGAGGAUCGUUCCAGAACGGACAUGCCCAGCUUAUGACUGAUUUUGAGAAAGACGUCGACUUGGCUUGUAGAUCAGUGCUCAACAAGGACAUCGGUACAUGUCGUACCAUGACCAUCACGGGGACUCUGAAGCGGCCGUCCCUGCAGGACGAGGAGAAGCUGAAGCUCAACCACCAGAAGGGGUCCUCCAACUUCAACAGUCUUCCAGCCAACGUCUCCAAGCUGCACCUCCAGAGUUCCCCACACUACCUGGGCGCCAUCAACCUCAACGACUUCAGCAACCACACCUUGACUUUGAAGAAGGACAAAAGCCAACCUCCAAAAUCCAUCUACAUCUGUGAUGGAGACAUCUUCAAAAAGCUGGAUUCGGAGCUCUCGCGGGCACAGGAUCAAACCAGGGACGCCAGCUACGUCAUCCUGCCCACCAACACCUCCACCUUGAGGCCCAAGCCGCCUCCGCCGCCACCACCUCCUCCACCUCCGCCGCCGCCACCCAAGGAUGACACCAAGUACAGCAUCAACAUUGACCAGAUGCCCCAGACGAGACUUAUCCACCUCAGUAUGGCCACAGAUCCGGGCUUUGUGGUCAAGAGCCCCCCAAGAGAACCUACAGGAGGGAUGAGCUGUGUGGAAGGGCAAGUGUCUUCGAUGAUGCAGCAGCAACCGUUGUCUCCUCCGUUGGUCAAUAAAUCCACAGACUCAAAGAUGCCCAACAGUUUGUGCGACACGCUCAAGACCAGUAAUCCUGGAAUCGUGACCAAGAAUGAGACAGUCGCCACCCUCUCCAUGAGCUCCCUCGAAAGGCGGAAAUCCCGAUACGCAGAACUAGAUUUUGAGAAAAUCAUGCACACAAGAAAACGUCACCAAGACAUGUUCCAGGACCUGAACCGGAAGCUGCAACAUGCAGAGAAGGAGAAAGAAUCUCCACCAAUGGAGACUAAGGCCAUGAAAAGAUGGAGCGUUUCCUCAGGUGGCAGUGAUAAAACUAACACCAGCCAAGAGAAGCAGCAGACGCCGAACAAGAGACCUUGGGAAGGCCUCCGGAAGGUCCACUCGCCCCCAGCAUGGGUCAGGAAGGAGAUGGAGACGGAGAUCCAAUCUCCCUUAGAACUCAAAACUGUGGAAUGGGAGAAGACGGGCGCAACCAUUCCCCUGGUGGGACAGGACAUUAUUGACCUCCAGACCGAGGUCUGA